AAGAACAAAAUGGAAAGUGUGCCAUUUUGGUUGAUAUUUUUCACCCUUGGGUGGACUCUCAUUGAUGGAUCAGAGAUGGAACAGGAUUUUAUGUGGCAUUUGAGGAAAGUACCCCGGGUUGUCGGUGAGAGAACUGUCCAUCUCACUAGCCCCACAUUUGAGGCAGAUGCUAAGAUGGUGUUGAAGACCGUGUGUGGCAUUGAGUGUCAGAAAGAACUCCCAGCUCCCAGCCUUUCUGACUUGGAAGAUUCGCUUUCCUACGAGACUGUUUUUGAGAAUGGCACCCGAACCUUGACCAGAGUGAAAGUUCAAGGUCUGGUUCUUGAGCCAAUGCCAAAUAUCACCACCAAAGCAGCCCCUGUUAGGAGAAAGAGACAGGUGUAUGGCACAGACAGCAGGUUCAGCAUCUUGGACAAAAGAUUCUUAACCAAUUUCCCUUUCAAUACAGCGGUGAAGCUCUCCACCGGCUGCAGCGGCGUUCUCAUUUCCCCCCGUCAUGUUCUAACAGCUGCCCACUGUGUUCAUGAUGGGAAGGACUAUAUCAAAGGGAGUAAAAAGCUUAGGGUCGGGUUGUUGAAGAUGAGAAACAAAGGAGGUGGCAAGAAACGUAGGGGUUCUAAGAGAAGCAGGAGAGAAGCCACUGUUGGUGACCAAAGAGAGGGUAGCAAAGAGAAUCUGAAGGAGACAGCCAAGGCUGGAAGAAGAAGAAAGGAAUUUGUUCGGGGUCAGAGAGUCCGUGAGGGCAAGCCCACCUUCCAGUGGACCCGGGUCAAGAAUACCCACAUCCCCAAAGGCUGGGCUGCAGGAGGGAGUGGGGCCGCUGCCCUGGACUAUGACUAUGCUCUUCUGGAGCUGAAGCGUGCUCACAAAAAGAAAUACAUGGAACUAGGAAUCAGUCCAACCAUCAAAAAGCUGCCAGGUGGAAUGAUCCACUUCUCAGGAUUCGAUCACGAUAGAGCAGAUCAGUUGGUGUACCGGUUUUGUAGCGUGUCCGAUGAGUCCAACGAUCUGCUCUACCAAUACUGCGACGCUGAGUCGGGCUCCACUGGCUCCGGGGUCUAUCUGCGUCUGAAAGAGCCAGACAAAAAGAAUUGGAAGCGCAAAAUCAUUGCGGUCUAUUCAGGCCACCAGUGGGUGGAUGUCCACGGUGCUCAGAAGGACUACAACGUGGCUGUGCGCAUCACUCCCCUCAAGUAUGCCCAGAUUUGCCUCUGGAUUCACGGAGGUGAUGCCAACUGUACUUAUGGAUAA